AUGUCGGAAGUGCUGACUACGGAAGCCGAGUGGAGACAGAAGUGCCCACUACAGAAUGAGAACGCGAAGCGCCGCCCUCUUUUCCUGAGGACAGUAAAUAAUUCUAGGUCGGCCUAUGCCUGUGUCUUCUUUUCGUCUAUGUUCUUCAAAAACUAUUCCUAUAAAAAUGCAACUGAACUGAGCCUGAAUGGGGACACUGUUCAACUCGCAUGUAAAUUAAUAAUAAAAGCGAUCCUGCCUUUAUUUCGAUGCUUACACACACUGGAAAGAAAUGUAGAAAAGUGCAACAUUUAUACAGACUUUAACAAUUGCCGUAUUGUUUUUAAGCUAUUCUGCAAACACGGUGUCGUGAAAACACACAGCUUAGCUUUCCAGGAAUGUGAACCUCUGCAAGCGGUAUUUGCAAAACAUUUGUGCACCAAUGUACUGAAAGUCCAGUCAAGGCAGCUGUCAGACAUGCUGAUCCACUUUCCAGCUUACCAAGAUGAAAUAACUGUAGCUGUGACGCCAGUGAAAGUUUGCUUCAAGACUUAUGCAGAGGAUGAAAUGGAAGUUACAAAGGCAGCGCAUAUAGAAAUUCAUCUCAGUCCUGAAGAAUUUGAGUAUUUUCAGGUUGGAGUAGAUUCUGAAGUCACCUUUUGCCUUAAAGAGCUAAGGGGUCUUCUGAUGUUUGCAGAAGCUAUCAAUGCCCCAGUCUCCAUUCAUUUCGAUGUUUCUGGAAAGCCCGUUGCCUUCAGCAUUGAGGAUAUGGUAAUAGAAGCCACGUUCGUUUUGGCCACUUUAUCUGAUACUGAAAGCUGGACAACUGCUUGUAAACCAACAUGCCUUGCAGAAGGCCAAAACAGGAGCCCUGCGUUAGAGAGAAAUAAUCAAGGCAUCGUCAGUUGCAGCAGAAGCACAUCCCCAGUUCCAUCCGAGGGUUUUUCCCCAGGAGUGGAGCAGUUACCACCUGAUCCCAGCUAUAAUAAGUUUCAGUCCUUGUUCUUUGGAGCAGUUUCUCCUAAUGAGCCAAGUGGUGCUAAUUUACUUCACAGUUUGGCAACAAUAAGUGAUGCAGAAGAGGACUGUGGCAAUGGGCAACUCUCUCCAAUGUUUUAAGGGUAGAAAAUGCCUGUGGGCAGAGUGCAAUUGAAUUUCAUCAAGAAGCGGCCCCAUGUUUGGCAUGCAGGAAAAUGGAACUUUUAUUUUGGGUGCUUGCAUUGAACAGAUGGAUGCUGUCAGUUUGUUUUCCCAACAGUUACUAGUUUUUUGACAAAUGUUAUCUCCAACCUAUCAAGAAUGUAAUCCCCCCCCCCAGAAUUCUUUAUUCAGAGGUGGCUGAAUACAUUUGAUUAAAAAGCAAGCCGUUUUU